CACGGAAUAUAGUUCCGCGCGCGUGCAGCAGGAAGCGCUCACGUGACAGCAGCUAGACCCGGGAUCACAUGAUCAAUUAAUAAGCGAGUUUCUCAUCACACAGUCGCGUGCAUCGCCAUGUUUCGCUUUCUUGUGUGUGUCCUGUUGGUGUGUGUGAUCUCACCGGCGGACACACACCUGCAGUAUGCAGUGUUUAACCAGCGGACAGGGGAACUCCACUUACAGGAGGCAUUUCACACGGAGUUUGUCGCGUUCGCCAACUUUACUGAUGACAUCGUGAACACGGGGUGGUCAUACCUGGAGGUUGUAACAAAUGGAAAGUACAAUGACACUUUGCAAGCAUAUGCUGCUGGAGUUGUGGAGGGCGUGAUCACCUCGAAGCUCAUUUAUAAGCAUUGGAUUAACACAUUGAUGGGAUAUUGUGGGCUAGACGACCCGGGCUACUGUCAUCGUCUAAAAGAAUACAUUACCACUAACCUCCAGUGGGUCACUGAGCAGAUCGAGAAAAAUGCAGAGUCGCCUUACUGGCAUCAGGUCCAUUUGUCUCUGCUGCAGCUGAAAGGUUUGGAAGAUGGUUAUAAUGAACAGCCUACAUUUUCAGAACCAGGGCUCAACUUUAACCCCCUAGGAUUAUUACUUUUCCAAAUGGGUGGAGACCUGGAGGAUUUGGAGGCUGCACUGAACAAAUCCAGUCAGUCCCGUACAGUGGGAUCCGGCUCCUGCUCUGCUCUAAUCAAACUCUUGUCAGGUAACAAAGAGCUUCUUGUCUCGCACGACACAUGGAAUACCUACCAGGCAAUGCUUCGGAUCAUGAAGAAAUACAUCUUUUCAUUCCGUACAUCUUUAAAAGAUGAGACGCUGAUUCCUGGCAGGACUCAGGCGUUCUCCUCUUACCCCGGCUCCAUCUUUUCAGGAGAUGAUUUCUACAUUCUCAGCAGUGGCCUGGUUACACUGGAAACCACAAUUGGUAACAGUAACGCUGACUUGUGGAAGUUUGUGAAGCCCAAAGACUCUGUCAUGGAGUGGCUGAGGAACAUCGUAGCAAACCGACUUGCUCGAUCUGGGAAAGAAUGGGCCGACAUUUUCAGACAGUACAACAGUGGAACCUACAACAACCAGUGGAUGAUAGUUGACUAUAAGAGUUUCAUUCCAGGCAAACUCAGUCUGAAGAAAGGUUUGCUAACUAUACUUGAGCAAAUACCAGGGAUGAUCCAAACUGCAGAUAAAACAGAAGAACUGUAUAACACCAGCUACUGGGCCAGCUACAACAUUCCGUAUUUUGAGGAGGUGUUUAAUGCGAGUGGCGGUCCAGAUCUAGUGAAGAAGUAUGGCCCGUGGUUCUCCUUUAGUGACAAUCCAAGGGCUCAGAUAUUUCGCCGUAACCAGUCCCUCAUUACUGACAUGGAGUCCAUGGUUCGUUUAAUGAGGUACAAUAAUUUUAGGGAUGAUCCUCUGUCGGAGUGCGAUGGCUGUGAUCCGGCCCGCAACGGUGAGAAUGCGAUCUCUGCUCGAUCUGAUCUGAACCCAGCCAACGGCACAUACCCUUUUGGAGCUCUUACACAGAGGCCUCAUGGUGGAACAGACAUGAAGAUGACAUCCUAUGGCUUAUUUGGUCAAUACGAGCUGUUAGCAGUUAGCGGUCCAACAUGGGAUCAGGUGCCUGUUUUUGAAUGGAGCACAUCUCCUUACAGCACCUUAAAGCACAUAGGCCACCCAGACCGCUGGGAUUUCCCUACUGUACAUGUCAGAUGGUCAGAAUAAAGGAUAUUAUAUAAAAAACAUUUUUCAUAAAAGGUCUGUACUUUCCACCCAAGUGUUUGAAGUCAGUUGAGUUUGUCAUUACCAUUAAAAAAAAAAAAACUUGAGACUGUUAUCACCCAAAAUAUCUCUGGACAAGCUCUCAAGAAGAGAAAUGGCAUGCAGUGAAAUGUUUUAGCUUUUACAAUUGUCUACUCAGAGUUAAGUCCUAAUGUGCAAUAUCUGCACGAUCAAUUCAAAACAUGUAUCCAGUAACUUUUUUUCUGACUGUCGUUUGUUCAGAGUGAUGCAUCAACAUGCUUCUACAAUUUACUGUGUGCACUAAGCCAUCUUUGCAUGCUUGAGUUAAAUAAUUAUUUCUUUUGUGUUUCAAGGGAAUUUUUUGCACAAUGUGAUUUUAAAUGCUUGAUUUUAUGUUUACCGUGUUUGUUUGAAUAAACAGGAAAUAUAUACA